CAAAAUAUUUUGUUUUAAUUAUUUAUCUCCUAGUUGGAGUUUUAGUGCCAGUAGAAUGAACGCAGCUUGAUAAUUUUGUUGUUGCGCGGAACGGUUUUACAUUUUGCAGCGGUAAUGACCCACCCCUGCUAUCCCGCUAUCUCGGGCCAAAGUUCAUCGUCCCCUUCGCACCUGGCAACCGACAACAAAAGCACCUAGCUAUAGUUUCCCGUAGCAAACACUCCCACUUGGCUGCCCACACGAGUACAACAACACUACAUCUAGUGGAAUAAGGGCUUGGAGAAGCCCUUUAGACUGUGAAGAAGCACGGAAAAAAGCCACAACGGAGUCGCCAUGAGUACGUCGCUGUCGCCACGGUACCAGGAGAAGGUGGGUCCGCAGAGCAGCGACAUGUUUGCUUCCUACGUGAACCGCCAUCGUCUCACCACUGACCAGAAUGACACUGCCAGCAUCUUGGCGCAGACAAAGAUCUUCGAGGAGGAGAUGGUGACGUUGCGGAACCUGUAUGAACACGAGGUUGAGGAUCUGCGAGGGAAGCUACAGGAGGUCAGCCUGGACAGGUCGAGACUCGAGAUUGAGAACAGCAAGAACUCACGUCUCGCCAACGACCUUCAGGAUAGGGUGAACAUCAGUAACCAGCAGAUCUCCCGCCAGCAGCAGGAGCUGAACGACUGUGGGCGUCUGCUGGCACAGAAGGAUGCUGAGAUACAGGGUGCCCGCACUGCUGCCAUGCAGCCUACCAUUGCACUGGAAUCACAACAGAGGGAGCUAGACCAUGUCCGCAGGAGCUAUGAGGAAAUGAACAGGAAGUUGGAGGCAGAGCAACUACGAAGGAUGGAGGCCCAGGAGGAAAUCAACAGAAUGCAGCAACAGCUGUCCUUCAGAGACCAGAUCCACGGAGCAGACACACAUGAUCUGAAGGCCCGUCUGGAGGGAUCGGAGGCCAUGGUUCUGGCUCUGGAAGCUAAGGUACGUGAGAUGAGUGGAGGGGACCGGAACGCUGCUGAGAUCAUCCAGAAGGUGAAGGAUGCAUGUGAUGCAGACAUCAGGAAGUACCAGGAUGAAGUGGAGUCAAAGUACAAUGCUGGGUUCCGUGAGUUUCAUCAGCAGCUUGAAGUGUCCAACAGCACCAUCACCUCUCUGACCAAUGAGAACCAAGAACUGCUUAUCACAGUCAAUGACCUCAGGGCCCAGAUCAGGAGCUUAGAGGUCAAGCUGUCCCACGCUGAGGAGCUGAGCAGGUCCCUGCAGGAGUCGCUGGACCAGGAGCGGUUCCGCUCACGGUCCCACCUGAGGAACAUGGAGGACAAACUGCGCCAGAUGCAGGACCUUCUCAUUGCCAAGGUCAGGGAGGUGGACCCUGUCUCCGCACAGGGAACACCAAUGAGAACAGAGAUGGAGGCUCUGCGUGGGAUGCUGCAAGAUGAGGACAAAAGGAUUGAGGUUGCCCAGAGAAGCCAGCCUGAGAUAUCAGUUCCCAUCCCACCAAUCAGCUCUGCCUCCCCGUUAGCACCAAUCGUCAGAUCUCCCGCCCACCCCAGCGAGCUGCCGGCCGGCUUUGGACAGCUAGCAUCACCACUUAUGGGCAGCAAGCCUGUUGGACCAAUCACAGCUUCUCCCAGGGGGUUUGACGACAGUGACAUCGGCCACCACAGGAGUCCAGACAUCUCCAAACUCCCUCCACGACCUCACUCGACCCCCGUGGCACCUCUGGGACAGGGUCGGGACUAUUUUGACUCCAUGUUUAAUGACCUGAAGAGGGACACAGUUUUCACCAAGGUCCACCCCAAGUCCAGCCCUCCUGGUGGGCGGCCACAGUGGUCGUCCACUUCUCAUGACUAUCACAUCGCAACAACAAGUGCAACAGGGAAUCUGAAGAUCCUGGAAGUGAACCAAGAUGGCCACUUUGUGAGAAUCUUCAACCAAGCCACAAACAUUGAUGAGGAGAUUGGCGGGUACAUGAUCCAGCAGAAUGUUGGCGGACAUCCUGUUGCGGUGUACCGUUUCCCACCACGUACGCGACUCAAGGCAGCACAGACUGCUACGGUCUGGGCAGCGGUUGCUGCGAGCACAGCACGGCACAACCCCCCGACAGACUUCCUGUGGAAGGAGCAGCACAAGUGGGGAACAGGACCGGAGUGCACCACUAUUCUGUGUAAAGCCAACGGACAGGCCAUUGCGUGGACGACAGCUGCCCACAGAUUUGCCAAGAGUGUGCCAAGUUAUGACAGCUCAGAUGAUGAGGGAGAACAAAACAGCACAGACCAGGAAAAGGAAACUCAGAGGUUUGGGAGUCCCUUUGGUGAUGAAACAGACCGACAGAAUUCCCGCGGUCACAGCGGUGUGACGUCACGAGAGCAGCCACAGGUCCCUUUCCUCAGAAGAGAGAAGGAAAGUCCUCCCAGUCUGUCCCCUGACAAACAUCCCCACGGAGGCCACCCCGGCAUGCCCACCCACCCGCAGUACGGAGAGGAGCGAGCGCUGAUCCUGGGGAACGACAACAGCAGCGCCCUCAGACAGUCCCGCACGCAGCUGCAGAACGGCAGGCCUGAUCCUGUCCCUGGUACCCUGUAUGCAGGAGGUGCCCGUGCAGGCUCGGCCCCUCUAAGGAAAUAUGUCCCUGCCAAUGCUGGAACUAACCGACUUACUAAAUCUGCAGACCCUGUGCACUAUGGCCCACCAAGCCCAUUCACCUCCCCACUGCAACAGCGCUAUGCUAAAAGCCAGUAUCAGGGGAUGGACUUCAUGACGUACCCCCCAAAAGUGGUGUCUCCUUGGCAUUCUGGUUUUGGACCAUGAAGUAAAGAAUCCAUCAUCUUUUACAUCUGCAAUGCUUGAUGCUCAUGUCAAUGUUUUCAGUCAGAGAGCAUCUUUUUUUUUAGUCCUUGAAGUGAUGCCUGCAACCUCUCAUGACAUGAUAUAUAUAAUCCACUUCAACAUAAUCGGGAUACCAUGCUACGAGAAAGGUAUUUUCGAUGAUCUGCAAAUGCUUUCUAGUGGCUUUGUUUAUUUUCAAGAAUAGCGGUCAAUGUAAUAAGAGAUUAUCUUUACAUUAUAUUUUGUCAUAUGAUACAAAAAGAUUAGAUGAAUUCUGAUCAUAGGACAAUUUGUAUUUUGUGUACUUACCUAGAUCUUAAACUUGUCUAUUGUAGUGCAAAAACUAGCUUCUGAAUCAGUAAAUCAAACCAAUCUGUUUCUUUAAAGUCUGUAUAUAAAGUUCAUGAAAUGUUGGUAUGUAUGUAUGUAUGUAUAAAGACGUCUUAUAUAACGUCUUUGGUAUGUAUAACUUUAAGCAAAGAUAAAAAGCAUUGAGAAAUGGUGGAUGUAUUGUUGAUACUGUUGUGCGAUGGUUAACAAAUUGAAAAACCAUGUUUUGAAUAGUUAUUGUACAGUAGUAAUGAUACAGAAUAUGUCAAUCUAAACUUGAUCCAAUGUUUUUGGAGGUUACUGUUGGAUAUCAAUUUUUUUUACAAUCUGACUUCCAAGUCUACAAAAAAUUGAGAUGUGAUUUGUGUGCCUGUACUGUAUAUGGACAUUAAAGGAUGUAGGAUUUAUCAAAUGAAUGUAAAUAGAUAUGGGAGGGGUUUAACGGGUGCCUGGACAAUCAAAUAUUGCCUCCAGCCCUUAAUAAAAUUGACAUGAUAUUGUUUGGAA